AUGGGCUUGAACGCUGUGCUAACUGAUAUGCUAAAUAUAACAUACACGGGGUAUGAGAUGGAUUUCUUGCUUUUGAGCUAUGGCUUGCAAUACAUUGAGUAUCGUUCAAACUCAAGGACAGAACAUUUGCUAGGCGGUGACUCGUUGCUGAUAAAGAAGAAAGGGCCGAAGUUGCUGCAAGACAAGCCAACUAGCGUUCAAAGAAACGCUUCACAAGAAGGAGGAGGUUUGAAAGAAGAAGAAAUCUACUCGACUGUAAUAACAUUCGAAAGCUACUUGCUCUUCAAGGGGCUCAUACAAAGCGUUGCUUCUAUUUCCACCACUUCUGAAAAAGUUGCUGUCGAGAAAGAGCGUGGACAAGCGGCUGCAGGAGAUGAACUUUCUGAAGCUGAAGUGUACAAGAUCGACAUUCCUGCCAACAGAUACGACCUUCUUUGUGUAGAGGGAUUGUCCAGAGCGCUACGAAUAUUCAAAAAUGAGAUCAAACGCCCCAAGUAUGUGCUGAAGCGACCGGACGGUCCACUCGAGCAGAUAAUCGUUGCCAAAGAGACCGCCAACGUCCGUCCUUUUGUUGUGGGUGCUAUCCUCCGAGAUGUAACCUUCGACUCCGAAAACUAUGCAUCUUUCAUGGACCUACAGGAUAAGUUACAUCAGAAUAUAUGUCGGAAGCGUACUCUCGUGGCGAUCGGUACCCAUGAUCUGGAUACCAUUUCUGGCCCUUUCAAAUACAACGCUGAAAUCCCUAAAGACAUCAAAUUCAAACCUCUUAAUCAAACUAAAGAAUUCACUGCGGAUGAAUUGAUGAAUUUCUACGCGACAGACAGCCAUUUGAAAGCCUAUCUGCCAAUCAUCCGUGACAAGGAGCGUUAUCCCGUCAUCCGGGAUUCAAAUGGUGUUUUGUGUUCUCUUCCUCCCAUUAUCAAUGGUGAGCACUCAAAAAUAACUCUCAAUACAAAGAAUGUUUUUAUCGAGGCAACAGCAACAGAUCUGCAGAAGGCCAUUGUGGUCCUUGAUACCGUCGUGACGUUAUUCAGUCAGUAUUGCAAGAAGCCAUUCAACAUUGAACCAGUUGAAGUGGUGUACGAGCAAGAUGGUCGGAAAGAAGUUUAUCCGGUCUUGUCAUAUCGAGAGAUAAUCGUGCGGGUUUCCGAAAUCAACACAAAAAUUGGAUUCAAUCUUGAUGCGCAGACUAUGGCUACGUUGUUAACUCGAAUGUCAUUGAAGGCCGAGACUCUUAACGCCAAUACUCUAAAAGUUACCAUUCCCCCUACUCGACACGACAUCUUGCAUGAAUGUGAUGUAGCUGAAGACGUUGGAGUAGCUUACGGUUUCAACAAGUUGGAACAUCGACUGCCUGAGUCAAACACGGUCGCUGAGGCGUUCCCACUGAACAAGCUUUCUGACUUGCUCAGAGGAGAAGUAGCUGCAGCUGGGUGGACAGAAGCUUUGAAUUUCGCCCUCUGCUCGCGAGAAGACAUCUCAACUCGCUUGCGAGAUGACAAAGCGCUCGAUCGUGCCGUGCACAUCUCUAAUCCGAAAACGCUAGAAUUUCAGGUAGCACGUUCAUCACUUUUGCCGGGGCUUAUGAAGACUAUCUCUUCAAAUCGUGACAUGCCAUUGCCACUGAAGCUUUUUGAGCUGCAGGAUGUUGUGUUGAAGGACUCCACAUCUGAUGUAGGAGCGCGCAACGAGCGACGACUGGCGGCCGUUUACUACAACAAAACCGCGGGCUUUGAAAUUGUUCACGGUUUCCUCGACAGAGUGAUGCGGUUGCUGGAUGUAGAUCCUGCCAGAGAUGGUUCUGGUUAUUUUAUCCGGGCCUGCGAUAAUCCUACAUUCUUUCCUGGACGAUGCGCUUCCAUAAUUGGUCCUGGUAACGUUGUGAUAGGUGUGCUAGCAUCGAUGUUAUCCGAUUGCUUGCUCAUAAUCGCGAUCGCCUUGUGUACGGCUCUGGCGGGAGAAGGCUUGACAUACCUACUGGUGUAUCGAUCUGAACAAUACAAACGUCUAAAAUCUGAAAUGGAACGGAAAACAAAGCGUUUGGAAAAGAAGAAACAAGAAGCAGGCGAGGUUGUGGAUAAAAACGCUAAAAAGCGGCUAGAACGCGAUGAGGAGCGACUGAAGGCUACGAAUCGCGAUAUGUCCAUGUUUAAAAUGAAGUCUAUGUUUGCAAUAGGAUUAGCAUUUACUGCUCUUCUUUCCACGUUCAACUCUAUAUUCGAUGGCAGAGUUGUAGCUCGUCUUCCUUUUGUACCUAUAGGCUUUCUCCAGGGCCUUUCACAUAGAAAUCUUGUCGGUGAUGAUAUGCGUGACUGCUCUUUUAUCUUCCUUUACAUUCUGUGCACUAUGACGAUCCGACAGAAUCUGCAGAAGGCGCUCGGCUUUGCUCCAUCACGUGCUAUGAAUCGUCAGCAAGGCAGUGUGUGGGCCCCUGCACAGCAGCAGCAAUUCAAUUAUUUCCGUUGAGCAUUAACUAAAAAUACGGACCUCGUAUGUUCAUAAUGCAGUGCUCUGUUUUCCUUUUCAUGUGUGCUAGUAAUUCGUGAUAGAUCAUUGUUGCGAAAGCUUCUCAUAUCAGUCAGUGCCACAAUUGCUUGUCAUCGAACUGAUAUUGUAUGCAUGACAACACUCGGAACUACUUUUUUUUACCCAUGCUUACUACCACUCUUUCGUGUGAUCAAAAAGACAUCUUUGCUGUAUCAUAAAAGCUGUACACACA